AUGGUAGAAGAGGAUGACGGCAUGGAAGCGUUCGAUUUCGACGAGCGCGAUCUUGAAUUCGCAUUGAAUCCUGGUGGUCGACGACAUUUCCAAACCAAGAACCAAGCAACAUAUGGUGGGGUGAGACCACCUCUUUUGUGUUCUUCGGCUACAGUUGUGAAGAUUUUUUCCACGUUUUUCCUCAAAAUUGAUAUUGUCCUAAUCUUUCCUUCUUUUCUGCCGCUUCGGAGUAUCUGGGCCGACAAGGAGGAAAGUGAUGAAGAGGAUGCCUAUGCCAGACCAUCGUUCGGUAAAAAGGCGAAAAAGGACUAUACAGCACCAAUCAAUUUUGUUAGUGGUGGUAUAAAACAAGGGAAUACCGUAAAGAAAACUGGAAAAGAAGAAAAGGUGAAAAUAGAGGAGAUAGACGAUGCUCCAAUCGAAAUUAAUUUCAAAAGGGAGCGUCGGAAACAACCGAAAGCUGGUGGUAACGUGUUUGCAGGUACGAGGAAAUUAAAGUAUCCUUAAAA